AUGUCCCAGGAUGAUUUUAAGAAAGUUGGUAAAAAAAUUAAGAAUAGAUUGGAUACGUUUAAUGGUGAUCUGAUAAAAUUUAGACAAAUAAUUAGAGAAUCUGAAUUUUUCACUGAAUUGGUAGAUAUAUUGUGUGAAAAAUAUAAAGGAAUUGAUAGAAUCAGGUGUUUAGCUCUCGGAAGCUUUCAUGAAGAAAUUCCAGCUAGGUACCAAUUUGCAUUAUUAUUAGAGAUAAUAGAGAAAAUUGAGCAUGAAAAUGGAAAACAAUUAAAAGUUUCAAUCUAUGACCCUGUAUUUACCAACGAUGAUAUAGAAUACAUUGGAAAGAAUGGAAUCAAUUGGACGAUUGACGAAAAUCCACCACAAUGGAGUAAUUUCACAGACUCUACAAUAUACUACCUACCGCAUGCACCAUUGGAUUUAACUGAGAAUGUUAUUAAAAAUGAACAUCCUAAAAUAUGGCUAGCUAACAAUUUAAUAGAACACUCUGAUAGAUAUACGAAGGCUCAGCUUUAUGAUAAAUACCCUGUCAUAGCUAAAUUAGUAUAUAUAUUGACUUCAAAUUCAAGUGUUAGUGGUAACAGUGGGGUGAUUCAAGAUAAGAAAAUCCAGGAAGAUGGUUUUACCAGAUUCGAAUCAAGUAAGAAAAAAAGAGGCAGAAAGAAGAAAUUGGCCGUCAGUCAAUGUAGCUUUGAUUAUUCUUUGAUCGAAUCUUACUUUAACAAUUGCAGAUUUGAAAGUAAAUUUAACGAUGGACUGCUUUUAAAUAAUAAACCGUGGAUAAACUCAUUCUCAGAUCUGACACUUCAUAUUAUUGACUAA